GCCGCGCGCUCCGAGCUCCCGCUUCUCCCGGCUCCUGUCAGUGCGGUGACUGCGCUGGGAAACAUGGCGACCGAGGGGAUGAUCCUCACGAACCACGACCAUCAAAUCCGCGUCGGAGUCCUCACAGUGAGUGAUAGUUGCUUCAGGAAUCUUGCAGAAGAUCGCAGUGGGAUAAAUCUCAAAGAUCUCGUACAAGAUCCUUCUUUGUUGGGUGGGACUAUAUCAGCAUACAAGAUAGUACCAGACGAAAUAGAAGAAAUCAAGGAAACCCUGAUAGAUUGGUGUGAUGAAAAGGAACUUAAUUUGAUACUAACAACUGGAGGAACAGGGUUUGCACCACGAGAUGUCACUCCAGAGAAAUUCCCAACAUUCCCAUUUUGUGGGCUCCAGAAAGGGGCCACAAAAGAAGUAAUAGAACGGGAAGCACCAGGGAUGGCCCUGGCAAUGCUGAUGGGAUCACUUAAUGUUACACCUCUGGGCAUGCUCUCUAGGCCUGUAUGUGGAAUCAGAGGGAAAACUCUCAUAAUUAACUUGCCAGGUAGCAAGAAAGGAUCUCAGGAAUGCUUUCAGUUCAUACUGCCAGCUCUACCUCAUGCCAUUGACCUUUUACGUGAUGCCAUUGUAAAAGUAAAGGAAGUGCAUGAUGAACUUGAAGAUUUACCUUCCCCACCACCUCCUCUUUCUCCUCCUCCCACAACUAGCCCCCAUAAACAGACAGAAGACAAAGGGGUUCAAUGUGAAGAGGAGGAAGAAGAGAAGAAAGACAGUGGUGUUGCUUCAACAGAAGAUAGUUCUUCAUCACAUAUAACUGCAGCAGCCAUUGCUGCCAAGAAGCAUCCAUUCUACACCAGUCCUGCUGUUAUCAUGGCACAUGGUGAGCAGCCCAUCCCUGGUCUCAUCAGUUAUUCCCAUCAUGCAACAGGCAGUGCAGAUGAACGGAUUCCAGACUCCAUAAUUUCUCGUGGCGUUCAGGUGCUCCCACGAGACACAGCUUCCCUCAGCACUACUCCUUCAGAAUCGCCUCGUGCUCAGGCUACAUCUCGCCUUUCUACUGCUUCCUGCCCAACACCAAAACAAAUUAGACGGCCGGAUGAAAGCAAAGGAGUUGCUAGUAGAGUUGGAUCCCUCAAAGUCCAAUCCAGGUGCAGCAGCAAGGAGAACAUUCUCAGAGCCAGUCACAGUGCUGUUGAUAUCACCAAGGUGGCUAGAAGACACCGCAUGUCUCCUUUUCCUCUAACAUCUAUGGACAAAGCCUUCAUCACAGUCCUGGAGAUGACUCCGGUGCUUGGGACAGAAAUCAUCAACUACCGAGAUGGAAUGGGUCGAGUCCUUGCUCAAGAUGUAUAUGCAAAAGAUAACCUACCCCCCUUCCCAGCAUCAGUAAAAGAUGGCUAUGCUGUUCGAGCUGCUGAUGGCCCAGGAGAUCGUUUCAUCAUUGGGGAAUCCCAAGCCGGUGAACAGCCAACUCAGACAGUAAUGCCUGGACAAGUCAUGCGGGUUACAACAGGUGCUCCAAUCCCCUGCGGUGCUGAUGCUGUAGUACAAGUAGAAGAUACCGAACUUAUCAGGGAGUCUGAUGAUGGCACCGAAGAACUUGAAGUACGAAUUCUGGUGCAAGCUCGGCCAGGCCAAGAUAUCAGACCCAUCGGCCAUGACAUUAAAAGAGGGGAAUGCGUGUUGGCCAAAGGAACGCACAUGGGCCCCUCAGAGAUUGGUCUUCUGGCAACUGUAGGUGUCACGGAGGUUGAAGUUAAUAAGUUUCCAGUGGUUGCAGUCAUGUCAACAGGGAAUGAGAUUGUGAUCUAUAGGUCUUUAGACUGGACAUCAGUCAACCAGCUACCAUUAUCUUCAGGAAAUCAAGACUGUAUGCUUGUUACCUACUUACACAAACUGCUAAAUCCUGAAGAUGACCUCUUACCAGGAAAGAUUCGAGACAGCAAUCGUUCCACCCUCUUAGCCACGAUUCAGGAACAUGGUUACCCCACAAUCAACUUGGGAAUUGUGGGAGACAACCCAGAUGACUUACUCAAUGCCUUGAAUGAGGGUAUCAGUCGUGCUGAUGUCAUCAUCACAUCAGGGGGUGUGUCCAUGGGGGAAAAGGACUAUCUCAAGCAGGUGCUGGACAUUGACCUUCAUGCUCAGAUCCAUUUCGGCAGGGUGUUUAUGAAGCCAGGCCUGCCAACGACAUUUGCAACUUUGGAUAUUGAUGGUGUAAGAAAAAUAAUUUUUGCACUACCAGGGAAUCCUGUGUCAGCCGUGGUCACCUGCAAUCUCUUUGUUGUGCCUGCACUGAGAAAGAUGCAGGGCAUCUUGGAUCCUCGGCCAACCAUCAUCAAAGCCAGGUUAUCAUGUGAUGUAAAACUGGAUCCUCGCCCAGAAUACCAUCGGUGUAUACUGACUUGGCAUCACCAAGAACCACUGCCUUGGGCACAGAGUACAGGUAAUCAGAUGAGCAGCCGUCUGAUGAGCAUGCGCAGCGCCAACGGAUUGUUGAUGCUACCUCCAAAGACAGAGCAGUACGUGGAGCUCCACAAGGGCGAGGUGGUGGAUGUCAUGGUCAUCGGACGACUAUGAUGGUCACCAGCGAAGAAAGCUUUGAUGCAUGUCCACAUAUCAUUGACUGUAUCCUGUAAUAUGCAACGGCACAGCUAGUUUUUCUGAUUUGGAUAAAAGUUGAUCUGUAUAGUCAACAUCUUGAACUAUAUUUCAAAAGAAUUUAAAUACCUUUUAAAGAAAAAAAAACACCUAAAAAUAAAUCUUAACAGAUAACUCUAUUCUGAUUAUAUCAAAGCAAAAUUUUCCUUUCUUGCAAAUUGCUUUGUGUGUUCAAUGCUAGGUCUGAUAGCGAUAGCUUUUAGUAGACAGCAGUAGGUGCCUGCAGAACUUGUGUUUUUCUCAUCUUUAAACAACUACUUAUGCUCUCAAAUCAAGGCUGUCUGCUUAUUUAUACUAGCGUAGGCAACACUUGGAUUUCCCUUCUUAGUAUGCUUCAUAACCGCUUUACAGAGAGCUUUCGCUUGUUCUUUAUCCUGUAUCUCGUGUUUAUGUGCACAGUGCCAACAGAAGAGCGAUUGGGGGAGGCCCUGCCCUGCCUCCAGGAGAGCCAUCCCUCGCAGAGCUUCCGGGAAGUUUCUCACCCCAGGAGCCUCAUGGCACAGUACUCUUGGGCAGUAACUGGAUACCUUUUAUUUGAACAAUCUAACUGGGGGGAAAUGCUUCCUUACGUGCUGACAGCCUUUUUAACCAAUACGUUUAAAAUUGUACAGAAAAAAAACAUAAAAUCAAAGACUGAUCUUGUACAGAUAUUAGUGUUACCAGCAUUCAUGUGGAAAUCAAGAGCAAAGAAAAAAUAAUGAUAAACAACUCUGUACCAUAACAUUUUCUGUAAUGAUACUGAAACUUAAUGAAUAAAAAAAAUCCUUGAUCAUUAUAUAAAAAUC